UUUGGUUUUUUCAAUAUUCUCUUUCUCUUUUCUUUCUCCAUUGAACCUACUUGAAACAAUAACCUUUUUUUAUUGAAACAAAAUGAAUAUGAAAUAAAGAAAAUAAAGAAGGGAAAUGUCUACUUUUGUAUUUGCACCAAGUUGGGUUACUUAUCCAAACCAUCCUAAAAGUCUAAAAGAAGAAGCUGACGAAUUUCCUACAUUGAUCAGCCAUUCUAAGAAUAUUAAUACAAGCAACAAGAAAGAAAAUAAUGUAUGGUCAAACCCUUCCUUGAUCCAGAAAAUCCAUCACGAAGAGGAGGAAGAGGUUGAUUAUGAAGAAAAUAAAUAUGAACUGGAAAGAUUAAAAGCACUUGUGCCAAAGACAAGGAAAUCAGUAAUCAACUCUUCUUCAACUUCAAUACCAAGGAGGAAUAUCAGAAUAAAAAGAAAAAUUGUUAAACCAAAAGAACCUCUGAUCACUUCAAAAUUGCCACCACCACCGCUAUUACCAUCGCCACCACUAUUACCAUCACUACCAUCAGAGCCACCACUAUUGCCACCACUAUUAUCAGAGCCGCCUCCGCCAGCUCAAGUUAUCAAAUCUCUGCCAAAAUAUUACAUAUCAGAACAAGAACAACAACAUUUCAUCUAUUUUAUCAAGGCAUGGACCUCGACCGGAAUUAUAUCCACUAAUAAUAUUUACAAUAGAGAUUAUUCUUAUUUCAGUAAUAUCAGCAGUAAUAGUAGCCACACAAGCAACAGCAGCGAUACUAGCUUUCAAAGCGAUGCAACUUUGUAUACAAAUAGGUUAGCCAAUCUUUAUUUCUUUACGUAAAAAAACGGACGAAACUGGGAUAAUUAAUAUGCCUGUAUUCGUCUUAAAAGGAAUGUACAAUUUUACCUCUCUACUAGCAAACAAGUUCCUUUAAAAUUGCAUAUUUUUACUGUGGCGUUGCUUUGCUCAUCCCCCUUCUAGAAAAUGCACCUUUUUAAACAAGUGGGCUGCUUUUUAAAAAUAAA